AUGGAUGCCCUUGAAGUCGACGUUCUGGUUUGUGGCGGAGGCAUGUCCGGCCUUGCGUGUGCUGCAUUCACCGCGGAGGCUGGGGCCAAGACGUUGGUGGUAGAGAAACAAGGAACCAUUGGCGGAUCUUCGAGCCUCUCUGCGGGCAUGUUCUGGGCACCACACACCUACGAAAAGCUGCGGUCUUGGGUGCCAGAUGGCGAUCCUGCAUUGCAACGCACAUGGUUAGACGAGUAUCUCCCAGCGGUACAAUGGAUGCGUGAAAAUGGUAUACCCACUGCGAAACGAUUUGACGGCAUUAUGACUAUUGGAAUCGGAUUUCCGAUCCAGAUCCCUGUGCUCCACAAGUCUCACCAGCAGCGUAUUGCGGCCAGCGAUAAUGGAUCUAGGAUCCUGACCAAUACAUCUGUGGUCAAGCUCAUUCAAGCAGAUCCUGUGGUGUCUGGCUCUCGUGUUAAUGGCGCCAUCAUAUGCGAACAAAAGCCCGGGGAACCCGCCACGUAUUACGAGGUGAAGGCCAAGCUAGUCGUUUUGGCUACUGGAGGUUUCCAAGGGUCUCCCAGCAUGACAGCCAAGUAUCUUGGCCAGGGUGGUGACAAUAUCUUCGUGCGAUCUAAUCGCGGCUCUGUGGGCGACGGUCUCGACUUGGCUAUCGCAGCUGGAGCUGGUACAAGCAGAGGUCUGAACACCUUCUAUGGGCAUUUGUUGGCAGCCCCUGUACGAGCCGAGGAUGUAAGUCCACAGGACUAUUUACCUUUGGCUCAAUACCAGAGCAAAUACUGUAUGCUUCUGAACGAAUCCGGUCGCCGUUUUGCAGAUGAGACCAUUGGUGAUGAGAUUGUGAACCAGUACUUGGCCAAGCAAGAAAAGCGGCGUGGGUUUUUAUUGUUCAAUGAGAAAACCCGCCUUCAGCACUGCAUGGGAGCACUUUUCCCUAAUGCAGGUGAUGUUGAUCGAUUACAGAAAGCUCGCGAAUACGGCUGCAACGUUGGAAAAGCAUCCACGCUGAGCGAGCUCCUUGAGACCCUUCGUGGUUGGGGCGUUGAUCACAUUCAAGCCGCAAAGACAAUUGAACGAUAUCAUCAAGUUGUGCGCCAUGGCCAGAGUAACCUGGGUCUCGAAGCCCCGGUUGGUCGUGUUGGGACUCCUCCGAAGCCGUUGGUAGAUGGAGAAGGUCCAUUCUAUGCUAUGGAGGUCCAACCAUCUAUAACCUUCACCUACGGAGGGAUUUCCAUUGAUACUCACGGUCGCGCUUUGACGGCCGACAAGAGCAUUAUUCCGGGUUUGCUCGUGGCAGGAGUUGACGCAGGGGGCUUCAGCAACCUGGGAUAUGCCGGAGGCCUCGCACUUGCCUUUGUGACUGGUUUGUGGGCUGCCCGAUCAGUUACACGAGAACUGGGAUUGAAAGAGCCUCGUCUGCCAGCUGCCGAUGCAAGAGACGCAGCUCCCCUUCAAAGCCGCCUAUAG